AUGGCAUCAACGCUCAACGUCAUUCUCCGCAACGACACUGGCUCUGCACAGCUAUAUGCUCACAUCACCGGCCGGGACGAUAAAGGGGUCGUGAUACUCAGCUCAGACGGCAAAACCGCAGUUCGUCCUGCAAACCCUAGCCGUACUCUUCAGCCGCUUGGCGCCGACUGCGCUAUUCCCAUCGGCGCUUCCGGCACAACACGAACCAUUUCCAUCCCUCGGAUCUUUGGCGCACGCAUCUGGUUUUGUAAGGAGAAGCCUUUGAACUUCUUCAUCAACCCCGGACCGGCGCUGGUCGAGCCGUCCGCAACAAAUCCUGCGGAUCCCAACUAUGACCUGGACUGGGGCUUCUGCGAAUUUACGUGGAACCAGCAAGAGCUGUACGCCAACAUUUCCUUUGUUGACUUUGUCGGCCUCCCAAUUUCCCUACAGCUCAAGACAGGAGACGGCAAAGUCAAGACCGUGCCCGGGAUGCCCUCGGAUGGACUGGACAAGGUUUGCUCCGGACUCGAAGCCCAGGCCAAGAUUGACGGCAAGGGCUGGGACAAGCUCGUGAUACGUUCGUCCGCGGGGGCCUACCUGCGAGCUCUGAGCCCGAACUCGGGCAGUGUUUUGACCAGGGGCUUGUUCGACGGUUACUAUCAGUCUUAUGUCGAUUCCGUCUGGAACAAGUAUACGUCUGAAGACUUGACUGUCAAUACUCAGUUCACAUGGGGCGACGUCGUGGGCCGUGUCAAGGACGGCAAACUGACCUUUGGCUCGGUUGGCUCCUUUGGCAAACCGUCGGCACUCGACAUUUUCACUUGCAGCACCGGACCGUUUGCCGCCGGCCCAGGCGUAACGGAUGAAAAGCUCAACAUUGGCGCGCGACUUGCCGCUGCACUGAACCGCUCCACGCUGCUGGUGGACGCGAGACAACCCGAAGGCGAAAAGAUCAACAUGUAUUACAAGGAUGCGGUUACCAACCACUACUCGAGAAUCUGCCACCAAGUCAGCGUCCAGGGUCGAGGUUACGCGUUCCCCUAUGAUGAUGUCGGGCCAUCAUCUGGCGAGGACCAGUCUGGUUUCGUAAACGAUCCAAAUCCUCAGGAACUGACCGUUUCCGUUGGCAGGCCCCUCCAAGGCUAG